AGGAGGUCCUGCGCAUAGUAAACGCCGUAUUGAUGCCACGAAGGCACCCUGUCCGUUCACCACUAGGUAGCUGCCUGAACGUAGAAGAACAACAGUUAAUGUAGGGGCACUGCUCUGUUCCGUGCUAAAUGCUUGUUUAUUCAUUUCGAAUGGCAGUGCCACAUUGCUUACAGGUUGUUAUUUUUUGGGUUGCCAUACUUCAGCAUGGACAAGCCGGUCGGUUAUACACUGAAGAAGACCCGCUGGUCAUUUUAACCAGUGACACUCUGAAGCAGACCCUGUCCAACUCUUCCGCAGCCUGGCUGGUUCAGUUUUACUCGUCGUGGUGCGGACACUGCAUCCAGUACUCACCCACAUGGAAAGCGCUAGCGGGAGACGUGAAAGAUUGGUCUCAGGCCAUCCGUAUUGGAGUUCUGGACUGUGCACAUGAGAAGAACUUUGACAUUUGUAAAGAAUUCAGCAUCCACUUCUACCCUACAUUUCGGUACUUUAAAGCACAUAGUACUACUUUUGACAUUGGAAAGACAUAUCGAGGAGCUGAUCGAGAGAUUCAGACAGUAAGACAGCUGAUGGUAAACUUCCUACAAAACCAUACAAGGCAAGACUGGCCUGCUGGCUGCCCAUCACUGGAACCUGCCAGGACUGAGAGCAUUCAGUCUUUGGUUGGACUGAAAUCAGAUCACUACACUGCAGUCAUCAUAGAGGAUGGAGAAUCUUAUAUUGGACGAGAGGUUAUGUUGGACCUAAUGCCAUAUGAAGGUGUCGUAGUGAAGCGGGCUCUGAAUUCAGAAAAGGUCCUUAUGGAAAAGCUCGGCAUCACCACUACCCCUGCUGCCUACCUCUUUUACCCCAAUGGAACACAUGCAGGCAUGGAUGUGCAGAAGAAAAUCCGCUUUUUCUUUUCCUCCUUCCUUAAACUUCUACCUGGUGUUCACCGGAAACAGACCUCUGUCCAACAGCCUGAAAAGGCAGCUAUUAAAGAUCAGAGCACAAGUGAUCUGUUCAGAGAAUUUGACAAGUCUAAAGUGUACAUGGUCGACCUGGAGUCUGGCCUCCAUUACCUACUAAGAGUGGAGCUGGCAGCUCACAAGACAUUAGAGGGAGCAGAACUGAAAACCUUUAAAGACUUUGUCACAGUAGUGGCUAAGCUCUUUCCUGGACGCCAAUCUGUAGUUAAGCUUUUGGAGACACUACUGGAAUGGCUGAUCAGUCUACCACUGGAUAAAAUUCCCUAUGAAGCCAUUUUGGACCUGGCCAACAACAAAAUGAGGAUCUCCGGACUUCAUCUGAGUGAGCGUGUGCAGUGGCUUGGCUGCCAGGGCAGCAGUGUGGCACUCAGAGGAUACCCCUGCUCCCUUUGGACCCUUUUCCACGUACUCACAGUGCAGGCUGCCAGCCGGCCGGAUGCUCUCGCCAACACGGCGCUGGAGGAUGAUCCAUUGGCCGUUCUACAAACAAUGCGACAGUAUAUUGGAACAUUCUUUGGCUGUCGUGAGUGUGGAAAACACUUUGAGGAGAUGGCACAGGAAUCCAUGAGUCAGGUGAAGUCUCUGGAUGAAGCAGUGCUCUGGUUAUGGAGGAAACAUAAUCAGGUUAAUGCAAGACUAGCAGGGUCAAUGAGUGAAGACCCCAUGUUUCCUAAAACGCAGUGGCCCACUCCUGAUCUCUGUCCAACAUGCCAUGAAGAACAGGAUGGGCUUCAUGUAUGGAAUGACGACAUGGUCCUUGUUUUCCUCAAAAAGCAUUAUAGUGCUGCCAACAUCUCCCCCCAAAACACCAGUGAUGUCCAUCCAGAAGCUGGCACAGUUGCAGUUAACAAAGCCAUAUCAACCCCAUCCAGUGAGCUUAUUAAAGGGUUGAAGCCAUCUCCUAAAGGUGUUCCAAAGCACAUGAAGCAAAUUGAUAAACAUGGAUCUGGAGGCAUCCAAAAGGAUCCUAACCUCCCAUUCCUGGGACUGGGCUUCUCCGGUGUGGACAUGAGUCUUUGUGUCCUGUUGUACGCGUUCUCUUGUGUCUUUCUCAUGCUCAUGUUCUUCUUCUUUCGUGUUCGCUCCAAAAGGUGGAAAAUUAAAAACCACAGGCCAUAUGUAUAGCAGUUAAACCUUACAUUCAGAAACUUUUAGGAAAGACUUCAGUUGUGUGAUAUAGGAAACUCCUGUUAGGGGUCGAAGAAAUUUAUUUAUUUGGUUAUUGUAUGGUCCUGCUUUGUAAGUUUUGCUGUGGUGAAACUAAUGUCCUAAUUGCGAGGGUGAUUUAUGAAUUUCAUAGAAAUUAGGAUCAUGUUUCUGACCUACUUGUAAGGUCAAACUCGAAAUGGAUGUUUUUUCAGUCCUGAUACAAGCAGGGGUGAUGUUUAAAAGGUCACAACUGUUUUACAAAUAUUUUAAUCAAAAGACUCCUGAGGUCUAAGAGGUCUAUUUUUAUGGAAAGUUGUAAGUAUAACAGAUAUUUAUAGACAUUUUAUGAAAGCAGUGAGUGACCCUAAAAGCAAAUUGUGGAAUUGUUUACCCCAUCAGCGAGUGUUAGCGGUAAAGUUGACACCCUUUAAAUCACUGCCUUCUAAUGACCUGCAAUUAAACUGGAAACACAAGUGACAAAGGAUUUGAUUGCAUUUAACUUCCAGGUAUGUGUAAGUAGGUAGUCUGUACUACGGACCUUUGGCUUCAUGGUUAAUGGCCUUUAUCGGACCUCAUCAUUAAUUCAGUUCACACAGUGUUCUGUGAUGUGAUGGGGUUCUCAGUUGUGUGCCAGUGCACUGAACCAUUUACUAGACUUUUUUCUUUCAGGCUGUUAUAUUAUACAUGCAUUGGACGUUAAUGCAUCAAGCAUCAUUUCCUCAGGCUCACAUGAUUGUAGCCCUUUUUGUAUACACUGAUGGAGUUCAGUGCAGCUGAUUUUUGUGCCCACAUUUCCUUGUCUGUCUAGUGCUUUAAAACCAAAACAGUUGGUAUGGUGUUGAACCUAUUUUAAUAGCUCUGUUUGUCAACUACUGUGAAAUGAUGUUGUGUUAUCUCACUGAAAGCACACUUAAAUUAUUGAUAGGGAAAUUGACUGUCUUAAUGCAUCUGUUUGAAUGAUGGGAAUAUGAUAGGAAUUGCUUAUCCUGACUGGUGAAUUAUGACUGUUUCAAAUCAUUGGAGGAAUAUUGUGAAUUGAGUACAUAAUAGGUUAUGAUUAUCACGAACCAUAGUUUUAAAUUUUGUGUUAAGCCAUCUUUUUUUCAGGUGACCUGAAGUGUUUAAUAUCCAAGUGUACUGUUUUUUUUUUGUUUGUUUGAUUGUUUGUUUGUUUUGUUUUUUUGGACAGGAUGAUUUUUGUUUAGGAAGGAUGUGUAAAUACUGUAAAAUUUGUUUCACUCCCGUUUUCAUUUUUCAGGAUUUGAUGUUCUUUCUCAUUUAUUUAUCUGCAUUAAAUGUGAACUUUUUUUAAGCUGGUAAAGCAGCCAUGUACUUCAGUGUACCUGGUUUGAUGAAUUAGCCUUACUAAUUGACUGCUUCUGUGUUAGGAAAGUAAGCAAACAAACCUCUCCCAUGUCCAUAGCUACACAAAAAAAGUGGCCUUUUCAGCUGCUAAAAAUGCAUUGUUUUAUUUUCAGUAGUUUUAAAAAAGGAGUAUUUUUAUGUGAAGGGUAUUUUUGGAGUUAUCAUGUAUCCAGUGUUGUGUAGCUGGUCCCGUCUUAAAAGAGGAAUUGCAACCUUUUGUAUAAGGAAAAUUGUAACUUGAUUGAAAAAUAAAAUGUGUUUAUUGAUAUUAA